UUGUGUUUUAAUUCAGGAGGUUAUGACUUCCCAGCCAGUUAUGAAUUUAGAAUUGUUCGAAUAUUUCGUACUUACGAAACUCUAAUAAAUAAUCCAAACUUUUCUUAACAAUGCAAGAUUGUAGCCCGCAAAUUUCUGAUUAAAAUGAGACAUCCGUGAGCAGUACAUGUCCUUUCGUUGCAAAGUUAUAGAAUUUAUAAGAAAAGCCCUAAAUUGUUCUUUGUCAGCUCAAAGCUACGGAAAUAAUUAAUUUAGGGUUUUUAUUAUAAAUUCUACAACUUUGGAAAGAAAGGUCCAUGUAAUGCAGGCGGAUGUCUCAUUUUAAUCAGAAAUUUGAGGGUUACAAUCCUGUAUUGUUAAGAAAGGUUUGCAUUAUUUUUUAGAGCUUCUGAAAAGCUGGUUUUCUAUAAGACCGGAUUUUCGAAAGGCUAUGGGCAAUCUCCACGAUCAUAUUCGGGAUCAGCAUCGUAGAUAACCUAUAACCCACUACGUUUCGAUCAAAAAGAGAUUUAUCACUUCGCGAGAUUUCCUCAUAAGUAAGCUAUUGUCUUCUCCUAUCCAUCCGCAAUCUUUAUUCAUAUGUGCUGUGGACGUAUAUAUUCAGUGCUGGCACAUUAAACAUAUAUACUACUUCGUUUACCGAAAACGGACAUUGCAAAGAAUGAUAUGUUUGAUGAAUGCUGUAGAAAUUAUAAGAAUAAGAAUACUCAAUUACAAAAGAUACAUGAUUUCUAUAAUAAUUAUCGACCAUAUUUAGCAAUUAAAUGACAUACAAGAGAUUCGUUUCUCUAUCGUUUAUCGAAUAAAGGAUUUCGAACACACGACAUUGAUAUUAUUUUCAAUAUCGUUUUUUCAUAACAGAUUUAUAUAAACAAUUAUAUGAAUUAUAUUCUGAGAUCAAAUCAAAAGGUACUAAUGACGGUAUUAUUACUGUUUUUUGUGCUCAGAGACCACAGCCUACAUUUCUAACAUUGGGACUGAUUUUAGUAAAAAUGGGCGAAUAUAAAAUAGCCGAAAAAUAUUAUAAACAUCUUAUAGACGAAUUAUCAUCCGAUCAUCGCGAUCUCGCAAUGAUUUAUAAUAAUAUGGGUGAAAUGUUUCCAUUACAAGGUGAUGAUAAAGCAGCUGAGUCUCAGUGA